GGAAGCUAGCGUACCACUGGUGGUACACAUAUCACACUUUGAGAAACAUAGAUUUAGAGAAAAUGUUGCUUUGUGUUUGUGAGGUUUACUUGUUAUACUGAUGAGAUUGAUCACGUUACUGAGGUAAAUCGUUAUGUUUAAACGCACGGGUGGUCUUUUUAGUGUUACUUUUUUCUUCUCUCAGGACAUAGUGUUCUCCUGGUGUUGAGACCCAGUCGACCAAUACGGUGAGCCGUUACUCAGCGCUGUCCAAUGGCAGCUGCUGUUGUUUCUUGGUAGGGGGCGUUGACGUAGCUGUUUGCACUCGCUUACUCUGGAUCUCAGAUCCACGUUGGAUCAAGUAAUAGCUGCGAUCAAUCAGCGUCGAUAGUGAGUUUGCGGCCUCCGUGGGUGAGGAUGGGUGGAAACAGUCCGAGUCACCUCACCCAUGAGGAGGGUGGAGUAACUUUUGUGAAGGGCAUUCGGCUGUCAGACAAAGUCAUCCACCGGAUGAAAGAAACUUCACCUGUCAGUCGUCCUCGGUCCUCACAGCAGCAAGGUCCUCUUCCACACUCACCUGAAACACAAACACCCACUCCACUGUCCACACCAUCUGCUGAUAAUGUGACACAUCCUCCUGGUCCUCCUCUGGAAGCCCCAUCUAUACCUCCAUCAGCAGAACCCGCUCCCCCACCUAUAAAGCUAGUGCCUCCUCCUCCUGUGAAGUUUCACUCUCUACCUCCAACUUCUGUUGAACCUAUAGCAACGCUGCCACCUCCUCCACCACCUGCAGAGACCAAAACUCCACCUCUGACUGACCCUGUUGUCCCAGCCACACCUCCUCCCCCAUCACCUGUUGCACCAGAUGUUAAAGUAAACAUGGAGCCUGUCUCUCCUCCACCACCUACUCCUUCAUUGGAGCCAGUAGUUCUACCUCCUCCUGAAGCCUUCAUACCUCCUCUCAUAGAACCAGGGAGUCCACCUGUUCCAGAAAAAGCCAUCGAUUCACUUGUGCUUCCUCCACCUGUUGAGUCAUCCACAGCAGCUGCAGCUCCAUGUGAACCUUCAGCUCUGCCUCCUCUCUCUGAACCUGUAACGCCAGCUCCUCCACCUACUGACCCUCCUGUUGCAGUUCCAGUCCUAGAACUCCUUGAAACCAUUGUUCCCUCGAGACCACCAGUGGAAGUGGUUCAAGCCCCUCUUAGUUUUGAAAUCACAGAGUCACUUGUGCUUCCACCGCCUGUUGAGUCAUCCACAGCAGCUGCAGCUCCAUGUGAACCUUCAGCUUCACCUCCUCUCUCUGAAACUGUAACGUCAGCUCCUACUCCUACUCAACCUCCUGUUGCAGCUCCAGUCCUUGAACUACAUGAAAACAUCGUUCCAUCGAGCCCACCAGUGGAAGUAGUUCAAGCCUCACUUAGUCUUGAAAUCACACCUCCUGAACCAGCAAUCCCACCCUGUGCGGUUGAUUCCGCUCCAGCUUUAGUUCCAUCUGCUCCAGCUGACAUAGUGACUCCGACUGAAGAAGUGGCUCCAGUUGUUCAUCCACCACCUCUGUGUGAACUUGUUCCACCUCCUCCUCCUUCUCCUCCAGAGCCAGUAGCAGCUCCUGCUCCAGAGCUUACCUUUGAAGAGCCCCACCCACCGUGUCACUGUGUGGAGUUGGCCAUUGUAGCUGCAGAUGCACCUGUCAGUGAACAUCUCGUUCAGUCUCCAGCACCACCUCCAUCAGAAACAGUAACAGCUCCUGAGGAGUCCACCCCCAUCCCAUCUCUACCUCAGGUUGUAGAGGAUGAAGUACCUGCUGUUACCCCAGUGCCUCCACCUGCACAAGCUGCACCGGUUCCACCUGAAGUGGUGGAGGAAGAACUCAGGCAGAAGAUCAAAGAGGAGAUGCAGAGGAGUCUGGAAGAGGAGGUCAACAAGAGGAGGCAGGAGCUGCAGCAACAGCUGGAGGAGAUGAGGGCUCAGGCUCGGGCAGAGGCCAUAGCUGCGGCGCAGGCUCAGGUGGAGGAGCAGCUGAAGAGGACGCUGGAGGCCGAGAAGGCGGCGCACACGGAGAACCUGGUGGACGCCCUCGUGAAGGAACGAGUGAAGACGGAGGACAAGCAGCUCAUGGCGCAGCUUUAUUGGAUGGAGCUGAAGGCCCAACAGCUGGAGGAGAGGGAGAGCGAGUUAAAGAAACGAAACACUCUCUACAAGGAACACGUUGCAAAACUUGAAGCAAAGUGUGCCGAGUUUUACAAAGUUACUGCUGAGAGUUUCCAGAAGGGCAAAGAGGAGACACACAACCGCUUUGCCCGGUUCAAUAUCCAGCCAGUUUGUGGAGACCUGCAGAGUCAGAUUUUAAAAUGCUACAAGGACAACGCAGGAAAGACUCUGUCCUGCUCCAGCAUUGCCUCGGCCUACAUGCAGUGUGUAGACAACGCCAAAAAGAAUAAAGUGAGCACUGGAGGUUAAUAUGAACCACUCGAUGAAGACGCCUGUGCGUCUUCAAGUCGACAAACACAUGCAGUUUAGUUUUAAGUCACGUCUUCAGUCGUGAAUGACAACACUAUGAUGUUUUGACACCCGUGUGAAUCUUUGUGAAAGGAUACAUUACCGUACUGAAUCAGUGCAUCUCUGCCUUAAAGUGUCGAAAGCUGUAACGAGUGUAAGAACUGUUGAAGGAGCAGAUUUGGACAUGACAUACUUUAGUAUUUUAUUUCAGGGAAUUUUUACCUUCAACUAUUGGUGAGUGCACAAAAUAUGAAUGGGUGUCAAUAAACUGGUUUGUUCUAUCACA